AUGUCCGGAGAAGACGCACCUGCUCAGGAGCAAAACGCCGUGGAUCAGAAACAGGAGACCAAACCUGCGGAGGAGCCCAAGUCUGAAGCUCCCAAAACUGAGGCGGCAGAAGCAGAUGCAGCUCCAGCAGCCGCCCCGGAGAAGGCCCCUGAGGAGGAGGCUUUCACCUACCGCGCACUGGUGCUCACUGGGUAUGGGGGCUAUGAUAAAGUCAAGCUGCAGGUGAAGAAGGGGAAACCCGCGCUCAAAGCUGGAGAAGUCCAGGUGCGCGUCAAGACAUGCGGGCUGAACUUUGCGGACCUGAUGGCCAGACAGGGGCUCUACGACCGGAUGCCUUCCCCGCCCGUCACCCCGGGGAUGGAGUGCGCGGGGGUCGUGGAGGCAGUGGGCGAGGAGGUUACAGACAGAAAAGUGGGGGAUAAGGUGAUGGUGCUGAAUCGGUUCGGACUCUGGCAGGAGGUGGUGGUGGCCCCAGUGAACCACACCUUCCUGAUCCCCGAGGGCAUGAGCUUUGAGGAGGCGGCCGCACUCCCCGUCAACUACAUCACUGCCUACAUGAUGCUGUUCGACUUCGGACACCUGCGGCCCAACCAGAGCGUCCUCAUCCACUCUGCUGCAGGUGGCGUGGGGACCGCAGCCACACAGCUCUGUAAAACGGUGAGCGAUGUGACAGUGUUCGGAACGGCGUCGGCCUCCAAACACGAAGCCCUCACUGAAGCCGGAGUCACACACCCCAUCGACUACCGCACCAAGGACUACGUGGACGAGGUCCGCAAACUCAGCCCCAAAGGAUGUGAUAUCGUCCUGGAUCCACUGGGAGGAUCCGACACCCACAAGGGCUACAACCUGCUCAAGCCGAUGGGAAAACUCGUCACAUACGGAGCGGCUAACAUGUUGGCGGGACAGAAGAAGAACCUGAUCGCGGUGGCUAAGAACUGGUACCAUCAGUUCUCCAUCCACACGCUGAGUCUGAUCCAGGGCAACAAGUCUGUGUGCGGGUACCACCUGGGGUACCUGGACGGAGAGACGGAGCUCAUCAGCCACACCAUGACCACCCUCCUGGACCUCUACAAGCAGGGCAAGAUCAAGCCCCGCAUCGACUCCACCUGGCAUCUGGAACAGGUCGGCGAUGCCAUGAGGAAGAUGCAGGAGCGAAACAACAUCGGCAAAGUCAUCCUCACCACGGAGCCGAUGCCCGAGGAGGAGAAGAAGGAGGAGGCCAAGAAGGAGGACAAGAAGGAGGAAAAGAAGAAGGAAGACAAGAAGAAAGAAGACAAGAAGAAGGACGAUGGAAAGAAAAAAGAGGAGAAAAAAGAGGAGAAGAAGGAAGAGAAAAAAGAGGAGAAAGAAGAGAAAAAGGAGGAAGAGCCUAAGAAAGAAGAGAAGUGA